UAACGAGCUUGACAGACGGAAAUCUCAUAGGAAAUGGAGGCUCAGGAAAAGUGUACCGAGUUUAUAUCAACCAAACAGGAAGCAUGUAUGCUGUCAAAAGCAUAUCGAAUUCGACAAAAUCUAACCACCGGCUUGAGAAGGAAUUUAUGGCCGAGAUUGAGACACUGGGGACUAUCAGGCAUUACAAUAUAGUAAAGCUCUUUUGUUGUAUGUCAAACAACAACAUGAAGCUUCUCAUGUACCAAUAUUUCGAGAAUAUGAGCCUUGAUCAGUGGCUGCAUGACAACAAGAGGGAAUUAGUAUCGUCAGAUGGUGAUAAUAAUAGUUCAAUCACAAAACUGGAUUGGCCAAUGAGGUUGAAUAUUGCGAUAGGUGCAGCCCAAGGCCUUUGCUACAUGCACCAUGAUUGUUCUCCACCUGUAAUCCACCGAGACAUUAAAUCGAGCAAUAUACUAUUGGACACUGAAUUCAAUGCUAAAAUAGCAGAUUUUGGUCUAGCUAAGUUGCUAAAUGGGCAUGGAGAUACAGAGACAGCAUCUGCUGUAGCUGGAAUUUUUGGCUACAUUGCCCCUGAGUAUGCCUACACGAGUAAAGUGAACACAAAGAGCGAUGUUUAUAGCUUUGGGGUAGUUCUACUUGAACUGACUACAGGGAGAAAGGCAGUUACUCGAGGAGAACAUACAAAUCUAGCUGGAUGGGCACUACAACAAUUCAGGGACACGGAUGCCCUUUUUUACGCAUUGGAUGAGGAGAUCAAGGAACCAUUUGUCUGUACUGCCACAUCACCUUCCAAUCGACCAUCCAUGAGAGAUUGUCUGCAUAUUCUUCAUAACUGCAGUAACAAGUUUUCUUCACAAAGUACUUUGACCCUAGAAGCGUCCUAA